AUGUUACCUGGCACCGAUGAUGUUGAGAAGCUCGGUGUCAUCAUGGCUUCUGUUCGGGAAUUAGACAAACAGCCCAUCGAAAAGAUCAUGGACGUGGUCAAGAACCGUUUUGCGCUACCCGAACAUCUUCUCCAAGAGGCCACCAGAGUUGUCUGUGUAGCAGCAUCACUGGCUAUCAUGGCGGAGAUUCAAAUUACAGCACCUGUAGCGAUCAGCCCGGAUUCCGUAACGAUUUGGGCGGCUGGUUCGUCCUUGAUGGACAAUGUGAGAGAGAUAUAUCAGCGAUCAUCUGUGCUCAAAGACCUCUCGAUCAACAGGGCGCUCACUAUCAGUAAUCUCGCCCGUUACAAUAAGUGCAGAGUUGACUGGACGGAUCGUUUAGAUAAGCACCUGGAUUAUCGAGUCAGCCGCGGAUCUAGAGUGAUCUCAAUUUUUCAGCACAAGAUCUGGCUCUCAGCCCACUUGAACCAAGAGAAAUAUUGUGUUAUACCACAAGAGAUACUGUGUGAGGCUAUUGACACUCUAAAUCUACUGCUUCCGCAUAACAAUCGCGACACCGAAACAUUUUUGCGGAAACGAGAUCAGCGAAUCUACAGCUUGGGCUGGUAUGGUCGAGAGCGGAAGCUGAACCUGAAGGACUAUCCCCACUGGGGUCCCAAGAUUGAGAAGCUCAUAGAUGUCUUCGAAGGUCCACGCAGCGGAAUCUGGCGAUUUCUGCCAAGACAUGAUAAGAGCGACUUGCUCGAGUCGGCCAACUUCUGGAUAGCUACGACAGCCGCUUUGUUUGCAUUCGUAGGCUUCAUCCUUGGACUCACAUCUAUCAUAUACGCGAAGCUAUCAUACGACAUUGGCAUCAAGUCCGUGAUCAUAUCAGAAGAGUCGCUCGAGUUGACAAAGCUCCAAUAUCAGCUUUCACUAGCCCAGGCCUGCUCGGAUCCGAAUGAAGCGAGGUUGUUACCGGACUUCUGUUCGGCGGAAGAGUGA